AGAACAUUAACACGCGUGGUGAGCGGUUUCAGGGGACUCGAGGAGAUUUGAGGACCCAUACGAUUGGUUUCCAGGAGCAUGACAUCAUCAUGGGUGCCAUAUGCACGGCUCGAGACUUAAUAAGUAGUACAGUAGCCUCUGGUAUUGCUGGGUCUUCUCUUCCCUUCCUGCCAUGUACCCCAAAGCAACGUAUUUCGCUCCUUUCAUUCCUUUAGGCAUCCAGGAUCCCAAGUCUUGUUCUACUGUCACUACCAAAUCCCCCUUUCUUUUCUUAUUGCUAUCUCUAAGGUCAUUCUUUUAUAAAUGCAGCAGCACGGCGCAAGUCCAGGCCCUACAGCUUCAGAUGGUGUGAAUUCUGUGGCCGAGGAAAGAACGCCAUCUGCAUUUGCUUCCUUCUUUAGGACCUUCAGCUAUGCCACGCCGAGUCAACGCCUUCUGCUUGGAAUCUCAAUCGCGGCCGCGAUUGUUGCGGGUGUCGCUCAGGCCAUGGUUAACGUGGUCAUGGGCGAGUUCGUCCGAUUACUUGGGAGCGUUAACACUGAGGGCUUCUCUAAGAGCUACAUGAGUGCGGUAAGCACGACAGCUCUAUACUUUGUUUACAUCGGCAUUGUUAGACUGGUUUGCAUCUAUCUCUAUAGCGCUCUCAUGACUUAUGUUGCAUAUCACCUAGUAAGGACCAUUCAGUACGAGUACCUGCGAGCGGCUCUCCGUCAAGAGGUUAGCUACUAUGACCAAGGUGUCUCCGGGUCAAUCUCCACACAAGCAACUUCAAAUGGCCUCAUGAUACAGUCUGGCAUUUCCGAGAAGCUCGGUUUGUUCGUGCAGUCAGUAGCCACCUUGGUUGCAGCCUUCGUUAUUGCCUUCAUUGCCCAAUGGAAACUCACAUUGAUCCUGAUCUGUAUCGUACCAGCUGUUAUUCUACUCGUUGGCGGAGUCAGCGCGUACGAUGCUGUCAACAAUGGCAAAGUGCUUAAGGUCUAUUCAGACGCUGCAAGCUACGCUGAGAACAUCUUAAGCGGGAUACGGACCGUCAACGCGUUCAGUCUGCAGACCAGGAUCCUAGCAAGGUACAACGGGUUCCUAGACACGGCUUUGAAGCUCGGAAACCAGCGAAGCAAGUUCUCCGGAAUCAUAUUUGGUGGCCAGUACUUCGUCAUCUAUGCAGGAAUGGGCCUUGCUUUCUUGCAAGGCUUUGGCAUGAUUACACGCAGCGAAGCCGAUCUUGGUUCUGUCUUCUCUGUACUCUUUUCUGUCAUUAUUGCCGCAUCCACAAUCAUGCUGACGGGACCCAACUUCAUCACUUUUGGGCGAGCAGCGUCUGCUGCGGUCGAUUUGUGCAAGCUCAUCGAUAGAGAGUCUAAGAUUGAUGCAUUUGAUGCCUCCGGCGUGCAGCCUACCGCUUUGGUGGGCGAUGUUGAGCUCGACUCUGUCAACUUCAGUUACCCGAUGCGCCCCAAUAUCGUCGUCCUGCAAGAUUUCUCGCUCAGCAUUCCUGCUGGCAAAGUGACCGCUCUUGUGGGACCCAGCGGCUCCGGCAAGAGUACCAUCAUUGCUCUUCUCGAGCGUUGGUAUAAUCCGUCGUCGGGACAGAUCAGAAUUGACGGCCGGGACACCGAGACCUUAAAUUUGAAAUGGCUUCGAACACAUGUUCGAUUAGUCCAGCAGGAACCGGUGCUUUUCAACGGCACUGUCUUCGAUAAUAUUGUCCACGGCCUCAUCGCCACUGAAUGGCAGCACGAGCCCCGUGAAAGACAAAUGGUUCGCGUCAUUGAUGCCGCAAAGUUGGCUUUUGCGCACGAAUUUAUCAUGCAGCUCCCCGGCGGGUACGACACCUGUGUUGGCGAAAGAGGUGGCCUGCUAUCUGGUGGUCAGAAGCAGAGAAUCGCUAUUGCUCGCAGUGUGAUUUCGGAGCCCCGUAUCCUCUUGCUAGAUGAAGCUACCAGUGCUCUUGACCCGAACGCCGAAGCCGUUGUGCAGAAGGCUCUUGACAGCGUUUCGCAAGAUCGUACGACAAUCGUCAUCGCACAUAAGCUCUCUACUAUCCGCAAUGCUGACAAUAUUGUGGUCAUGUCCAAAGGCCAAAUAACCGAGCAAGUCAAGGCCCAGAGCCUAUCGCUUUCAUCCCAGCACCUGGAAGACUUUGGGCACCAGAAGUUCAAAAGUGAGAAAGACUGCGAUAUUUCUGUGGAAAAGCUCGUCUCCUUUGAAAGACCGCUCAGUGCGGAGGAAAAUCAUCUCAAUAUGGUAAGGGGAAAGGAAGAUAUCCAAGCACCCAAAGAGAUUGGAUUGCUUCACUGUAUUUGGAGGCUGGCACGAUCAACUCCUGAACUACAUCUGUGGUACAUAUUGGCCGGAACUGCUUGCGUAGCAGGAGCUGCUGUUAAUCCAGGGCAAACCUUGCUACUAGGCAAGCUUGUGGAUAUAGUUGGAGUCGACGACCCUACCGAAGACGCCAACAAACUUGCUCUGAUGCUGCUUGUUCUUUCUCUGGGUUGCCUGUUGUGCUACUACACUCUGGGCUGGGCCAUGAAUGUAAUUGCAAAUACAUUGAGCACUAGAGUACGUUCUGAUAUGAUGAGAUCCUUCCUCCGCCAGGACCAACGCUUCUUUGACCGUCCAGAAAACACUGUUGGUGCUAUGGCCGCUAGGCUUGAUUCCAAUCCACAUGCUAUACUCGAGCUGAUGGGGAUCAACAUAUCCUUCUCCAUUAUUUCUAUCAUCAGCGUUGUCGCAUGCUGUAUAAUUUCGCUCGUUGUGGCCUGGAAAGUUGGACUACUCGGCAUCUUCGUCGGCCUGCCACCUCUCCUGCUGUCUGGAUGGUUGCGGAUUAAAUUGGAGAUGCGCUUAAACACGAUCAUCAACAAAUCCUUCAGUCAAAGCGCGUCAUUGGCAUCGGAAGCAAUCCUCGCCAUUCGGACUGUGUCUUCGCUCGCUAUCGAGGUGAACGUUUUACAAAGAUAUACAAAGGAGCUCGAUGCUGCUAUCCACAAUUGCACGCCUCAGUUGUUCCACGUCAUGAUAUGGUUUUCAUUCACGCAAGCCGUUGAGCAGUUUGUCCUUGGUCUAGGCUUCUGGUGGGGAUCAAAAUUGGUUACCAAUGGCGAGAUCAGCUUCUACCAAUUUAUAGUCUCAUUCAUGGCCAUAUUUUUCUCUGGCACGUCCGCUGGAACCUUUUUCAGCUUUGCUGGUAGUUUUACCAAGGAUCACCAGGCGGCGAAAUACUUUUUCUGGCUUUCUGAGCUGCAACCGACCAUAAUUGAGACCGAUACGAAUAAAGAAAUCGGGCCGGGGCAGGGCUAUAAGACCUACGAACUAAAUGAUUUGCGAUUCUCCUACCCACUUGCUCCAGACAUUCAGGUUUUGAAAGGUAUUUCGAUGACAAUUCGACAAGGCGAGUUCGUCGCAUUCGUUGGCGCGUCAGGGUGCGGCAAGAGUACCAUGAUCGCCUUACUCGAGCGUUUCUACGACCCGACAAGUGGCAGCAUUGUCAUUGACUCGCGACCUCUACAGGUCAUGAGUCCAACAAGAUACCGUCAUAAGGUAUCCCUUGUUCAACAGGAACCGUCCUUAUUCCCUGGAACAGUACGCGAAAACAUUAUGUAUGGCACCGAUGCCACUGAAGUGCCUGAUACUGAGCUUGAGGUGGUGUGUCGAGCGGCGAAUAUCUGGGACUUUGUUUCCUCACUCCCUGAAGGCCUGGACACGCCUUGUGGUGUGAGGGGCAGUCAAUUCUCUGGUGGCCAGAGGCAGCGCAUCGCCAUCGCUAGGGCUCUUAUUCGUCAGCCAAACGUACUUCUGUUGGAUGAGGCGACUAGUGCUUUAGACACUGAGUCGGAGCGUGUGAUGCAAGCAGCUCUGAUGGAAGCUGCCAGCAGCAACAGAAUCACCGUUGCGGUCGCUCAUCGUUUGUCGACCGUGCGCGAGGCCAAUCGCAUCUUUGUAUUCCUCGAUGGUCGGAUUGUCGAGGCUGGGGCUCACGAAGAACUUAUCCUACAAAACGGCAUGUAUACUAAGAUGUGCGAAGCUCAGAGCCUCGACAGUGAUACAGCAAUUCCGUAGAGGUAAUCUUCAGGUGGCUCAAACGAAUGUCCAGCUGCCCUCUUACAAAGCCUGUAAAGGGCCAACAUUCUUCUCAAGCGUCAGCCUCGACAAUUACCUAUUUCUGGAAGAACUACUCCCUUAUUUCUAGUAUCGUUUAUAAUGGUUGGUCUUUGUGCAAUUUGCAUAUAAAGUAAUCCUUCUUCUAGAGUAG